GCCCGGCGGGCUGGCUGCGGGUGGCACGGCGCGGGCAUCUGGAACCCUGCUCGGGGUCCGGGCGCCAAGCGGCCGGUGCGCCUGGAGGCGGCGGCAGGGCGGCCAUGGCGGAGGAGGCGGCGCAGCGCCUGGCGCUGCCCGCGGGGCUUUUGGAGCUGUGCGCGCUGCUGGGGGCGUCCCGGGAGAGCCUCCGCCGUCCUGAGCAGGUUGCCCAGAGGAAGGAAGUCAGAAGCCUUUCCUCUCUCGAUCCGGAGGUCCUGUCUGUUUUUGUGCCUCCUUUCGUCAGUCAGGAGGACAGUCACGUGGCGGGGGCGAGCUGUGGGCAUCUGAGCAAGGCUCACCGGCGCUCCUUCAGAAAGAAGCGGGAGAAGCCCUGGGCGGAACCCAGGAAAGGCCUCCCGGUGGCCCCGAGAGGGCCCGACUCUGCGGACGUCAGCAUCCCCAAUGGCGUGGACCUGCUUGCCCUGCCGCAGCUGUGCUUCCCAGGGGGCGUGUGUGUGGCCUCUGAACCCAAGGAGGAUUGUGUCCAUUUUCUGGUGCUGACCGAUGUCUGUGGGAACAGAACGUAUGGCGUGGUGGCUCAGUACUACCGGCCCCUGCAUGACGAGUGCUGCUUUUACAACGGCAGCGCGCACCGGGAGAUGCUGCAGCCGCCUCCGGGCGUGGUGGGCGGCUUCGUGCCCUUCGCGGUGUGCGUGGUCUCCAGGUCCCCCUACUACAGCGCCCUCAAGGACUGCCUCUCCUGUUUAUUGACUCAUCUGAAGUUCUGUAAAGAUUUUGAAGUUGACAAUCAUAUCAGAGAUUUUGCUGCAAAAUUAUCUCUCAUACCUAGUCCGCCACCUGGACCGCUGCAUCUGAUAUUCAACAUGAAACCACUACAGAUCGUGUUUCCCUCAAGGGCGGACCCCGAAAGCCCGAUCAUCGACCUGGACCUCCACCUGCCGCUGCUGUGCCUCAGCGCCGAGAAGGUGCUGCAGGUCCUCACCUGCCUUCUCACGGAGCAGCGGGUCGUGUUCUUCUCCCGCAGCUGGGCGCUGCUGACGCUGGUGGCCGAGUGCUUCAUGGUCUACCUGCACCCUCUGCAGUGGCAGCACCCCUUUGUGCCCAUCCUGUCCCGGCAGAUGCUGGACUUCGUCAUGGCGCCCACGUCCUUCCUCAUGGGCUGCCACCUCGACCACUUUGAGGAGGUCAGCAAGGAAGCUGAUGGUUUAAUUCUGAUAAAUAUCGAUAAUGGAAGCAUCAGCUGCUCCAGUGACGAUGACAUCGGCAUUCCUGACGUCCCCCUCGCGGCAGCGCAGACGUUCAUUCAGAGGGUCCAGAGCCUGCAGCUGCACCAUGAGCUGGACCUUGCCCACCUCUGUGCCAGCACGGAUCCAAACAGUGGGCGAGCCCGCAGGCGGGCCUGGCAGCAGCGCCUCAACAGCCAGAUACAGCAGAUCACCCUGCAGCUGCUGGUCAGCAUCCUCAGGGAAGUAAAGAAUCACCUGAAUUAUGAACACAGAGUAUUUAAUAGUGAAGAGUUUCUCAAAACAAGAGCUCCAGGGGACCAGCUGUUCUAUAAACAGGUUUUGGGCACCUACAUGUUUCACUCUUUUCUCAAAGCCCGGCUCAGCAGAAGGAUGGACGCCUUCGCUCAGGCGGACCUUAACAUGCAGGCAGAGGAGGACAGAAUAAAUGGGAUACCCAUAAGUCCAAGAAGACCAACCACUGAGAAAAUGGUCUCGCGAAAACCUUCGCCCUUGCAAGUCGCCCACAGGCGCAUGGUGGUCAGCAUGCCCAACCUGCAGGGCAUCACGGUGCCCGACCUGCUGCCCAGGAACUUGUCACUUCGGGAAGUAGACACUGUGGAGUACGGGAGCAGCAUAGUUGACCCUAGUGUGACCCGUCAAGCGACGUACACCUUCAAGAUCCCGGAGGUGCACUUUCCCCUGGUGAGCCAGUGCGUGCAGGCCUACUACGCCGACUGCAUCUCCCUGCUCAGCAAAGCCAUGAGCUUCCUGGCGCCCGAUAACUCGGUGCUCCUGGCGAGGUACUUCUACCUGCGCGGCUUCAUCCACCUGAUGGAGGGGCAGCUGCUGGAAGCCCUCCUGGAUUUCCAGAGUCUGUACAAAACCGACAUAAGGAUCUUCCCUGCCGAUCUCGUGAGGAGGACCGUGGGGUCCCUGUCGGCCCCCCAGCGCGCCCAGGCCGAGCAGAAACCCGAGCUGAGGCGGCUCAUCAGCGAGGUCACGGACAAGCCAGGGGAGGCGCCCAAGGCCGACGACCGCGUGAAGAACUUUGAGCUCCCAAAGACGCACAUGCGGCUGGACGACUUUGUGAAGAGGGUUCAGGAAUCGGGCAUCGUGAAGGACGCCCGCACCAUAAACCGGCUGUUUGAGGCACUGACCGUGGGACAACAGAAACAAAUCGACCCGGAGACAUUCAGAGAGUUCUACAACUGCUGGAAGGAGGCAGAAGCGGAGGCCCAAGAGGUCAGCCUGCCUUCGUCGGUGGUGGAACACCUGGAUAAAAAUGAGUGUGUCUAUAAGCUGUCGAGCUCUGUCAAGACGAACCGUGGCGUGGGCAAGAUCGCUCUGACCCAGAAGCGCCUGUUCCUCCUCACCGAAGGGAGACCUGGAUACGUGGAGAUUUCCACCUUCAGAAACAUAGAGGAAGUCAGAAGCACCACAGUAGCUUUUCUGCUCCUGAGAAUACCCACCUUAAAAAUCAAAGUGGCGUCCAAGAAAGAAACCUUUGAAGCUAAUCUAAAAACGGAGUGUGACCUGUGGCACCUGCUGGUGAAGGAGAUGUGGGCCGGACGGAAGCUGGCCGAUGACCACAAGGACCCUCAGUAUGUCCAGCAGGCGCUGACCCACGUCUUGUUGAUGGACGCCGUCGUCGGCACACUGCAGUCACCUGGUGCCAUUUAUGCUGCUUCCAAAUUAUCAUAUUUUGAUAAGAUGAAGACUGAAACGCCCAUGGCAGUUCCAAAGACGACCUCGGAGACGCUGAAGCACAGGAUCAACCCCUCGGCGGGAGAGACGGCCCCGCGGGCCGUGGACGUCCUGCUGUACACGCCGGGGCAUCUUGACCCAGCGGAGAGGGCUGGAGACGCCCACCCAAAGCUGUGGUGCGCUCUAAGCCAAGGUAAAGUGGCCGUGUUCGACGCUUCCUCCUGGACCGCUCACCAGCACUGCAUCAAAGUGGGCGCCUCCAAACUGAACUGCAUGGUGAUGGUGGAGCAGAACCAGGUGUGGGCCGGCUCAGAGGACUCAGUCAUCUACAUCAUCAGCACCCACAGCAUGUCCUGCAACAAGCAGCUCACCGACCACCGCUCCAGCGUCACGGGCCUGGCUGUGCGGGACAGGACGCGGGCGCCCAGUGAGGUGUACUCGUGCAGUGCGGAUGGGACGGUCCUGGUGUGGAACGUGCGCACGCUGCGGGUGACCAGCAGGCUCCAGCUGCCGAGCGGGCGGCUUUCAUCCCUCAGACUGCACAGCGGCCACUUGUGGUGCUGUACCAGCGACAGUAUUGUGGUCGUAACAACGGAUGGACUUCUUCAUCAAGAACUGAAGCUGAAUGAGAACUUUAAAGAGCAGAGCACCUCCUUCCUCAGCUUCCAGCUCCUCCCCGAGCAGGAGCAGCUCUGGGUGGCGCGUGCUGGCUGCGAGGACAUCUGCGUCUGGAGCCUGCAGGACCUGGCCCAGCCCCCGACGAGGAUCCACCUUCAGGACUGCUCUGCAGUCAGCUGCCUGAUCAGGGUGAAGAGGCAGAUCUGGGUGGGCGGCACAGGGCUGUCGCAGGGGAAAUCAAAAGGUAAAAUCUACGUGAUUGAUGCUGAGAGGAAGACGGUGGAGAAGGAGCUGGUGGCCCACCUGGACGCAGUGAAGACUCUCUGUUCGGCGGAGGACAGAUACGUGCUGAGUGGGUCAGGCAGUGAGGAAGGAAAGAUCGCCAUCUGGAAAGUUGAAUAACUGUGGGUAAAUUGUGAACAGUGCUGUGCUGAGAGAGACUUGCAUGCCUGCAGCCGGCCAUCCCAGUGGGGUGGGGUCGGGAGACAGUCAGCCAAGGGUGGGGGACCCCUGCAGGUGUAUGGGCUUCCGGCUUCAGUUAAGAAACCGACAGUAAGGCCCUUCCUCUCCUGGACUCACCUGAUCAAACUGUACCAACAGUGUUUCAGGUUGGGUGUGUCUCAGGCAGGCAGCUGGAUCAGCUUUGUGAUAACCUCUGCUGAGGAGUCACCCUGUGUGUUGUCUAGAAAAUUCCAGAAUCCACGUCCAGGGACCAGCACCGCAGCCAGCUGGGAGCAACGCUGCCUAAUCACACGUGACCGCAGACCUCAGGACUCUGGUUUAGCCUUUCCUCUACUCUGUUCAUUGAACAAAUGUGCAUGAAGCUCCAGGCUUGCAGAAAAGGGCAUUUUAAAGUGGCCGCUUGUGGCUGGACACAUUUGCACCUGCCCUUGCUGUCCCCCAUCAGAGCAGGUGACCAAGGCCUGCCCAGGGAGGGGGACAUCAGUGUGACUGACUGGACAGCGAGGCUGUCUGGACAGGGGUUGGGCCAGCUGCGUGAGCUCUGUCUUCUGUUCUUUUUAAUCAGUGUAGAAUUUUUAUAAUGAAGACACCUAGGAAGACUUUUUCAGCCAAAGAUCACAGAUGUGUGACCUAGUUUUCCAGUAAAGUUGCUGCUACAUAAAGCCCCUUGGCCAGAUAUGAUGUCCAUUCCAGCCACGCUUGCUCCUGUGUGCACACCCCAUGUUUUUGUAGGCAGUGCCUUAUCAUCAACCAAAGAUGAUCUUACUGGCUAUAAAUAACUAAAUAUUGGUAAGAGGAGACCUUUUGCACAUAUUUACUACAUAGAGAUUUCAUUUCCUAACUGCUCAGCAAAGGAAUGUCCGGGUGGGCUUGCUGGAUGUGGUGGUGGGGGGCACCCUGCUAAGCACACGUGGGGGCCCGCGGCCUGUAGCCCCACUAUAAGCUCAGCUGCAGAGGGGCUGCUGGGCCUGCCCUGGGUUUCCAGGACAGAGACACCAUGCCAGGCCUGGCUCACCCUGAGAGGUCUCCUGAGGGGCUUCUGUCUGGCCCCCCGGCAGGGCCAACCUUCCCAGAGCCUCUUCAGUGUCUCCAGAAGCGGCUUUGGUCCUGCAGCGGGCCAAGCGUUUUGGGAGGUGCAGAUGGGACGUUUCAGGGUGUUCUCGGAAUGCAGUGUGGAGGACAGCCAGGCGCCUGGUCCCCCAGGUCUGUGCUUUGGAGGGUCUGCAAGGAAGCGGAGCCAGCAGCAGAGGGGGGAAGGUUGGAUUCUGCUUUUGUAAACACAUGAAAAGUUACAGUAAAAGGCAUACACAUCCUUAUUUAAUGCCAGUCCACAGGUAACCAGGUAUUUUCCCUUGUCAAUAAUAAAGAAUUUUUUUAGUUUCAGUUAA